CACAGAUGAUAAAUAGCGAUGACCGUGGAAGAUAGAUCACAACUUCGUGUACAUGCAUGUGUAGUUAAGACAACUUACAAAGAGGAGUAUAUAUUUUGUGCACUACAACCAUGGUUCUUUUGGCUGCAGCUGUGAGCAAUAAGGCAGGGAAAGCCAUAAUAUCCCGACAGUUUGUGGAGAUGACUCGAUCACGGAUUGAGGGUUUACUUGCUGCUUUCCCCAAGUUGAUGAACACCGGCAAGCAGCAUACAUUUGUUGAGACAGAGAGUGUGAGAUAUGUAUACCAGCCAUUAGAGAAACUGUACAUGCUGCUCAUCACCACCAAGGCCAGCAAUAUCCUGGAGGAUCUAGAGACUCUUCGUCUCUUUGCUAAAGUGAUACCUGAGUACUGUCGCAACAUGGAGGAGUCAGAAAUAGUCGACCAGUCAUUCUCACUGAUUUUUGCCUUUGAUGAGAUUGUUGCCCUUGGCUACAGAGAGAAUGUCAACCUUGCUCAAAUACGCACAUUCACAGAGAUGGACUCCCAUGACGAGAAGGUGUGCCGGGAUGUCAGACAGACCCAAGAGCGUGAAGCUCGGAACCAAAUGAGGAAGAAAGUCAAGGAAAUACAACAGAGGCAGCGAGAUAUGGCAAAGAGCUCUCGUUCAGGCUUCAGUCGCUCUAGGGGAUUCGGCAGCAAUUCUUACAGAUCAGACACAGUAUCUGAACCGACACCUGUAGAGCCUGUCAAAUCUUCAUACUCUCAACCAAGCAAACCUGCCGGUCCAAGCAAAGCACUCAAGCUGAGCACCAAGAAGAAGGAUGUGGACACAUUUGUAGGGCAGCUAGAGUCAGAGGGAGAAAAGGUGGUUGAUUUCAACAAGUCCAUGUCUUCAAGUGUUGCCAAACUGUCCACACCAGUAGCCAAUCAAGAGAGCUUGGCAAAGGAAUAUCUGAUUAUCAAAAUGACUCUUAUGAAGAACCCCAUCUCCAGUAUUGUUUUAUCUCAGGAAAAUAGAAUUUUGAUUGUUAAGACAACUUUACAUAGAGGAGUAUAUAUUUUGUGCAUUACAACCAUGGUUCUGUUGGCUGCCGCUGUGUGCAAUAAGGCAGGGAAAGCCAUAAUAUCCCGACAGUUUGUGGAGAUGACUCGAUCACGGAUUGAGGGUUUACUUGCUGCUUUCCCCAAGUUGAUGAACACUGGCAAGCAGCAUACAUUUGUUGAGACAGAGAGUGUGAGAUAUGUAUACCAGCCAUUAGAGAAACUGUACAUGCUGCUCAUCACCACCAAGGCCAGCAACAUCCUGGAGGAUCUAGAGACUCUUCGUCUCUUUGCUAAAGUGAUACCUGAGUACUGUCGCAACAUGGAGGAGUCAGAAAUAGUCGACCAGUCAUUCUCACUGAUUUUUGCCUUUGAUGAGAUUGUUGCCCUUGGCUACAGAGAGAAUGUCAACCUUGCUCAAAUACGCACAUUCACAGAGAUGGACUCCCAUGAAGAGAAGGUGUUCCAGGCUGUCAGACAGACCCAAGAGCGUGAAGCUCGGGACCAAAUGAGGAAGAAAGCCAAGGAAAUACAACAGAGGCAGCGAGAUAUGGCCAAGGGCUCUCGUUCAGGCUUCAGUGGCUCUGGGGGAUUCGGCAGCAAUUCUUACAGAUCAGACACAGUAUUUGAACCGACACCUGUGGAACCUGUCAAAUCUUCAUACUCUCAACCAAGCAAACCUGCCGGUCCAAGCAAGGCACUCAAGCUGAGCACUAAGAAGAAGGAUGUGGACACAUUUGUAGGGCAGCUAGAGUCAGAGGGAGAAAAGGUGGUUGAUUCCAACAAGUCCAUGUCCUCAACUGUUGCCAAAAUGUCCACACCAGUAGCCAAUCAAGAGAGGUAAUAAGAAACGACGUAUAGCAGAUAUGAUCAAUUUGAU